AUGUUCGCUACACUCUUUUCAGUCACUCUCUUUGUCGCACUUGCCAUUCAAGGCGUAUUUGCUGAUUUUACGAUUGACACCCCAAGCCCCACUCAGUGUGGAAAUGUUCAAAUUACUUGGACAGCAUCAAGUCCUCCCUACAGCCUUCUUGUAGCUCCCGCAGAUGACCUCUGUGGCGAGGCUCUUGUUGAUUUUGGUCAGCAGAGCGGUCUUUCAUACCAAUGGAAAGUCGCUCUUCCUGCUGGCACUGCAGUCGUUCUUUUCAUCGAAGAUUCCGAAGGAAAUGAAGCUUGGAGUGGAACCAUGAAUGUGGCUCCUAGCAGUGACUCGUCGUGCCUGACCAGCACCAUCCCACCUCCUAAUGCACCUGGCGUUUCUUCAUCUAGCACUGCUCUCACAACUCCUGCCGCAGCUUCCAAAUCCACGACGACUCCAUACUCUCCCGCUGGCGCUGCUAAUGCGGGUCUUGCUCCCACCGGCGGCGCCUUGUCCAUCCGCCCUCUCAGCGCUUUGACCUCCGUUGGUUCUGGACUUUUAGCACUUUUUGCAUUAGCUCUAUAA